CUGUCUAGUGGUGCCAUAGAAAAAAUAUUCAGAGGCGAGAAAGUCCAGAAUCCAAUCUUACAGGUAUUUGGACACAAAAAAAUUAUAUCAACGGAAUCUAACUCAGCCGAACGUUACCGUCUGUUAAUAUCCGACGGAGUGAACCACUUUUCAUCAGUAAUGCUAAGCACUCAACAAAGCCACCUCAUCACCGAAAACAGACUUUCCCCAAAUUCUAUAAUAAAAGUCGAGAACUAUCAACUAACAAGUGUCGGAACAGACAAACAUAUUCUAAUUCUAUUCGAACUUGCCAUUCUAAGUCCACAAGACCAAGUCCUGCAGAGAAUCGGGGACCCAACCCCCUUUAAAAUAUCAGAUAUCCACCAAAAACGACAACCAACAGUCCCUUCCCCUCAAAAAUCAAAUCCACCCACAAAAAGACCAUGUUUCCCCCAAUCCCCCACAGUGGUGGAGAGUAAAGUCCAUUCAAUCAACAGUCUCAACCCAUAUCAAACCAAAUGGAUGAUCCGAGCGAGAGUAACUCAAAAAAGUGACAUCAAAACGUGGUCUAAUUCGAGAGGGGAAGGAAAAUUAUUCUCAAUGACACUCACAGACGAAUCUGGGGAGAUCAGAGCCACGGCAUUCAACGAUGAAUGUGAUCGGUUUCCUCUAUUUUUAUUAUUUCAGUAUUUUCCCCCUUUGUGAGACAGGGCAGAUUUAUUUUAUAUCAAAGGCUAGUCUAAAAGUGGCCAAUAAACAAUAUUCUUCACUUCCGAAUGACUAUGAGAUGACAUUUACACGGGAAACUCAGGCAGGUUCUGUGGUGACUGUUACUCUUUGGGGGGAACAGGCUGAGAGGUUUGUGGUCACCGAGGAGGCCCCACACCCCACAGUGGCUAUAAAAGGUGCCCGACUGUCCAAUUUUAAUGGCUGUUCGCUCAAUACUAGCACGAAUAGUACGGUUAUCUUUCACCCGGAGCGUCGGGAUGCAUAUAAGCUGGCGGGGUGGUAUUUACGUGGAGGAUCAGAAAUUGAGUUUUCGAAUCUGGCAGGAAAAGAAGACCAAAUUGCACCGCGUACUGUGAAUUGGAAGACAUUUGGGGAAUGUGGAGGGGAAAGUGUGGAUGGGAAUACAGCGGAGUAUUACACAGUCAAGGCAUCGGUUGUGUUCUUGCGGAAGGAAACGUGUGUUUAUUUGGCUUGUCCGUCUGAGGAUUGUAACAAGAAAUUGGUAGAGCAGGGCAAUGGGGUGUAUCGAUGUGAAAAGUGUCAGAAGGAUUGGCCCAAAUACAAGCGUCGGUUUAUGCUGCAGAUUCAUCUGGCGGAUCACACGGAUAGUCAGUGGGUGACAUGUUUCCAUAGUAUGGCCGAAAAGAUGUUGGGUUGUAAGAUGGAAGAGAUUAUUGACCCCAAUGAUCCCACGGGGAGUGGGACACGGGACAUAGAAGAUGUUAUUCAGCAGAUUAUGUUUAAUUCCUAUGUCUUCAGAAUGAGGUCAAAGAUGGAGGUCUUCAAUUACGAGAGUAGACUCAAAUCGACGAUUUUUUCUGUUGAUAGUCUCGACUACAUUUCGUACACAAAACAUCUUAUUUCACAGAUUCAGGCUUUUAAUUAG